AUGACUCUCACAGACUUUAUUCGACUAUCCAAUGACGAAAAAGGCAAUGUAUUGAAUCAAGAAGCAUGGGGCAUUGAGCGUCACCAACGGAAGUGGGAUGAAUACUGGUACCAACGAGGCGAGCUUAGGCCACGCCUUGACGGCAUUGAGGGCUCCCUCAAAACUCCAAUUACUCGAAGCUGUCGCGUAUGGUGUGAAUCACGGCCCGCCGCCAUUUCCCAGGAUUUACAACCAUUUUAG